AUGCCAGCCGGCUGUGCAAAACGCUUUUUCUUAUAUUGUUUGCUGGUUGAAGUCGUUUUAGGCGGAGGCCUCACAUUUACAGAAAGGUAAGGGAUUUUGAGUUGAGUUAUAUUUUUUUAUUUUAGAUCUGAUAUUUGAUUAUGUCUUGAAUUUACUUUAAAAAUUUAAAAACGUUUUAUAAGUAAAGUUUUUGGUUUAUCCUGGAUUUAAAAAAAGUAAAGAUGUUAGAAAAAUAAUAUACAAGAAAAGUACCUGCCGCGCUCAAAAUCAGCUUAAAGUUUUAAUAUAACUUCUUUGUAUCACCAAUAGGACCCAUAAAAAAUUUUAGCUUGUGCUUCUGGGUUUUGAAUUUGAAAUAUUUGAGUUUUCCGCCAAUUUGCUAAAUUUGGCAUUGUGUUUCAAGCACUUUUUUUUGAGUUGCCAGACAAGUUACGCUUACAACUUUAAAAAGUAGGUUUAUUUAAAGAUGCCCUACAAGUAUAUUAAAGAAAAAUGCUUAAAAGUAAAAAAAUGACAAAAUGAUAAGCUUGAUACACAAUAUCAAUUUUGCGGGAAAUUCAAAAUGUAAUUUUUUGAUUACGAUUUUCUUGAAAUUGACGGUAAAUGCGAUUUAAAACUUUGUUUAAGAUCUUAUGUUUACAUGAGCUUUCUAUAUAAAAAGUUUGAAAACAAUCAGAGCGGGGUAGGUCGAGCACUUUCCUUGAUAGUCAGGAGGGGGAAGGGACCAAUAAUUUUUUUUUGUUUUAUAGAUUACAGUGGAAAAUCUUUAUUUUUUUAAUAACCUUACUUUACCCUAUCUUAUUCUAUCUUACUCUACCUUAUUCUAUCCUAACCUACAUUACCUUAUUUUAUUCUAUCUUACCAUAUUCUACCCUAACUUCCAUAGAAAAUGUCACAUUUUCUUUUCCAGAGACCGACAAGAGCACCAAGCAGCGAUAGACGAAGUAAACAAGCGCAACCAUGACCUGAAUGCAUCUCACGUUGAAGAACAUGGCUUUUUCCGUUUUGUUUUUGGCAAAAACGGUCAGAAGACUCUACGUUACCACAAAUUGAACCCAAAUACUGGAGCUAUCGUGUUCAGCAACUCAUCCUUUGACUAUUCCAAUCACAAUGAUCCUUGGCAUUACUCGGUCAACAAGUUCGGCGACACUUAUCGGACCUCAGCGUUGAUAGACUUCUUCAUGGCCAUGAAUCCAGUUUAUGCCUUCAAAGAAGUGUCAUUUUUACAUUAUUUGGUCAAUAUUUGA